AUGGAACGUUUACUCCUUACCAUAGCAACGAAGGAGGCCGGCACGGCGUGCACCGCCGCCAGCGAGCUGGAUCUCUCCACGCGGUCAAGAAGAGCGCACAAAGCCAGAUUAAAACUACUCGGCGCUAGCGGCGAGGCGCCACUGCUGAGCGGAUGGCGGAGCACGCCGCACACACCGCACGCACCUGCCACUCCAGCGCCGCACCAUUCGCACAACCACCUCGCGCCGCCGCACUGCAAUGGCACAGAUAGUAGUAGCAGGGGAGGUCUGAGGCGGCGAUCAACCUACGCGAGCGGGCGGUUGCGCUCCGGGCCGCACUGGUCAUUCGUGUUCGACCCCGCGGGAAGACUGUGCUACUACUGGUCCAUGGUCGUUUCACUGGCCUUCCUCUACAACCUCUGGGUCAUCGUCUACAGGUUCGCCUUCCAAGAGAUCAACGAGAUUAACGGUGAGUCCACGUUGGACAUUGUUUUCUAUUACUUUUAUCAUAACGAGCGGGCGCUACGCUCCAGGCAGCAUUGGUCUUGCGUGUUCGACUCCCCGGGAAGAUUUUAUUACUACUGGUCCGUGGUCAUCUCGCUGGCCUACCUCUACCGCCUCCAGGCCAUCGUCUGCAGGUUUGCAUUCCAAGAUAUUAAUGUGUGGUUCUGUCUGGACUACUUUUCGGACUUCCUCUAUCUGGCGGACAUCUUGUUCCACUUCCGCACUGGGUAUUUAGAAGAUGGCGUCCUACAAACGGACGCGGCCAAGCUGAGAGCGCACUACAUGAACUCUACGACGUUCUACAUCGACUGUCUCUGUCUGCUGCCGUUGGACUUCCUCUACCUCUCCAUCGGAUUCAAUUCAAUACUGCGCUCCUUUCGUUUAGUGAAAAUUUACCGGUUUUGGGCGUUCAUGGACCGAACUGAACGGCAUACAAACUACCCGAACUUAUUUAGGUCCACGAGUUUAAUUCAUUAUUUGUUAGUGAUAUUCCAUUGGAAUGGGUGCUUGUACCAUAUAAUAUAUAAAAACAAUGGUUUUGGUAGUAAAAACUGGGUGUAUCAUGACACUGAAACCGCGGAUGUGGUGAAACAGUAUCUACAAAGUUAUUAUUGGUGCACGUUGGCGCUCACUACUAUUGCCGGAGGGCACGAUGGUUUACCGAUGCGAUCGGAAAACAAAGCCGUGUAG